AGCAUCUGGCCUUCUACAUCGUCAGUGGCGCACGCUGCACUUGAGGUCAGUUUUGCUAAUCGGUUGUAAAUGUACAAUUCUCAUGGCAAAUGGAGCGGAAGACGUCAUAUUUUGUCGAGGAACGGGUCAUAGUGAUGAUUCUGAUAUUUGGGAUGACACAGCUUUGAUUAAAGCAUAUGAUAAAGCAGUCGUGUCGUUUAAGAAUGCAUUGAAAGGAGAGAAUGAUGUGACACCAAACAAGAAAGAUAAACCUGGGAAGAAGCGGAAAAACAACAAAAAGAGUAAAAGCAGAAAGAAAUGUAACGCAGCGCCUGAUAAGGAGUGGCAAGUUGGGGACUCCUGUUUUGCAUUCUGGUCUGAGGAUGGCAACUUGUAUGCUGCUACCAUUUCCUCAAUCGACCACGAGAAGGGCACCGGUGUCAUCAUUUUUACAGACUACGGUAAUGAGGAAGAACAGAACCUCAGUGACCUUCUAACAGAGGGUUCGGACUUGGAUGAGGAAACUCAAACACCAGCAGAUGUACAAAGAGUCAAAGAGACAGAGUCAUCGACAGAAGAGAGUGAUAGAUCUUUUACCCCACACCAGUCUGGUCAUCAGAAGCACAAAUCUAAGGGCAGAUCUCCCAUGGGGCCUCCGUCUUGGGUUCCUGGUUUCCCUCCUGGACUUCCACCAGGACCUCACUUCCAUAAGUCGGAUGGCAGACGGUCAGAAGGUCCUGGACCUUUCUUCCCUGGAUGGCCUCCCAUGAUUCCACCUGGUCCCCCGAUGAUCCCACCACCUCCACCAAUGAGUCCAGACACCAUGGAGGAUGACGAGGCCUUGGGCAGUAUGCUUAUUUCCUGGUACAUGAGUGGCUAUCACACAGGAUACUAUAUGGGUUUGAAACAAGGUCGUAGAGAGGCUGCAGCAUCUAAGAAGUCCCAUCGUAAAUAAAGACAUAGUGGGCGGAAAAUAUGCUCGUGAUGGUGCAGCAGAAUUGAUUACAAUUUUUUUUUUUUUAUUAUUCAUUGUAAAUAAAUUAAUUAAAAGUCAUUGUGCUGGUUUCUACAGUGUUGCCUUAAUUAACUGAUAUUACCUCAGUGGGAACUUUAACUACAGGUCAUUUCAGAGUGACUUAAAUAAGCAAAAUUGCAAGCAAUAAACUAGCAUAGGUACUUUUUCUUUAACAUGAAACUUCACAAUAUUGUUUAUAGACAUUUAAUAGAGACUUAAAUUACUGUAGUCGGAGAGUGCUCAAAUCUACCAGGGAUCUUAAAAGUCAUUGCAAUAGAAACUGCCUCAUUGCAUAUAGCAGAAAUGUAGCUGUGAUUAUGGUGCCUUGUACACUACCAGUCAAAAGUUUUGAAACACUCAUUCUUUAUUAUAAUUUUUUUUUUUCACAUUUUAGAAUAAUAGUAAAGUCAUCAAAACUAUGGAAUAACAUAAAUGGAACUAUGGGAAUUAUGUUGUGACUAAAAUAUCCAAAAUAAAUAAAAACUGUGUUAUAUUUUAGCAUCUUCAAAGUAGUCACCCUUUGCCUAGAAUUUGCAGACAUGUACUCUUGACAUUUUCUCAACCAACUUCUUGAGGUAUCACCCUGGGAUGAUUUAUUAAACAGUAUUGAAGGAAAUAAUAAAGAAAAGCAGCAAUAAGUGCCCAACAUAGGAAUCUAUGUUGGGCACUUAUUGGCUACUUUUCUUUAUUAUUUGGUCCAAGUCAUCAAUUUCAAAACCUUUUUUUUUUUUUUUUUAAUGUUUGUUUUAUAAUGAAAUAAAUUAAUAUGGUGGCACAAUUAUAUUUUUGUCUACAAAACUAAUUUCAAACAUUUAAGCAUACGCCUUCAGAUCAAAAGUUUUUUAAGAUCAUGAGAAACAUUUUGGUCAAGUGUUUCAAAACUUUUGACCGGUAGUGUAAAUACAAAAUUACAAUGAUAGAGCUUUUUUAUUUGUAUAUAAGAUAAAAGGAAAAAAACAAUAAGGGCUAGGAGGUAGAUAGUAUUAUUAUUCCUUUUCUUUAGGAGCUUGUCUUCAAUAAUGAACUUGAGCAGGGCAGUCCACCAUAAUGACGCCUGGCCACGCUGCCAUUCUACUGGGUCUCUUGCUGAUCUCCAACUCUUAUCUUCUUGCCACCUGAUGGGGUCACCAGAUGCUGGUGUCUUUUGGCCAUUGACAUCUUCUGGAUGAUAAUCCCUCUUUUGAAACUGUUGUCUUUGCCUUUCAAGCUGCAGUCUGCUCUCCUCAUCCCAUGGUUAUUAACGCUUUUCUUUCUGUAUCUCUCUCCCCUUCUCCUCUAUGCUUUAAAAGUACUUUAUGGCCAUGAUUGUGUUUGCAUACAAUAUUGUCAAAGCAUUAUCGUAAUACACGGAACAAAUAAUGACAAGAAAAAAAAGUUAUAUUACAGUAAAAAACAACCAAGAUUGACUUGAUAGAAAGGGGCCAAGUAAUGAAUAAAAAAAGAAUCGGUGCAUACAUUAUACAAUAUAAAAUGAAAUAAACAUUAAACAGGACAUUAUGAACAACAACAACAAAAAAAUACUGAAAUAUGUACAGCACAUGAACAUGUAAAAAAUAUAAUUUCCAAAUAAUAUUUUAAAAAAAAAAACAAUGUAAACAAUGACGCGCUUCCUGACUCCUCCAGGUGACGCGUGAGCUUACAUCAUCCCUCUCAUGAGCGCAUGUCACAGAGAUGUACAGAAGUGAACAUUUGUAGUUAAAAGGUAUGUAAGUAUUGUUUUGUUUCCCAAAAUAAUCAAUCGUUUGUGUUCAGAGGAACUUUAUUUGUCGACUGGAGUCGUGUGGAUUAUUUUGACGCACCCUAAAUAUGUAUUUUGGACCGUCAAAAAAUGGAGGACAUUCAUUUGCAUUGUUUAAAGGAGGAGGCCUGAAAUGAAAUCCUAAAAGUCUUAAAUCCUGUUUUGAUGAAGAAAGAAA